AGUUUUUGUUUUUCCCCUCGAUGCCUCGGGAAGCCGAUCUCGGACCAUCGAUCGAUCGAUCGUGUUGUGUUACACUCGUUCCGAAUUUUGUGAAGCUUGUUCAUGUUGUGAUCUGUGAGCUGCGCAGGUUUCUAUUUCUGCUCUGGGUGUUUGAGGUUCUUUGAAUUCAGCAUUGGUCGUGAAAUGCAGAACCAGUACCUACGCGUGGAGCAUUUUUGAGUAGAUUGGAACUUGUUAGAGAUUACGAAUUGUCUCUGUUAGUUUCUACGGGUGAAGAGUUAGUUUGCGGAUUCGAGUUAUUGUUGUGUGAGUUUCGUUUCGUUUUUUCAUUUUGUAUAUAUAUAUUUUUUAUUAUCAGUGUGCGGGAAUGCGGCGGCGAUGGGCUCAGACGGCGAGGGGCCUGAUGUCGCCGCAGCGCCUGUAGAUCUGACACCUACGUCGCCCCAGAGUGCAGUUCUUUCGGAAGAGUCGUUGAAUUCGGAACGCGGGGUUCGGUCUCGGCCUACGGCAGUCGCUCGAAAGCGUGAGCUUGAAGGUUUUUUGAGGGAGGUUGCGAAAUCGCAGGCUAAGGUACCUCGACAGGACGAACGGCAUAUUAGGUCAAGGUUAGUGAAAUCAGAGACUCCUUGGUACGAGAGCUUGGGAUUCUUGCAAUUGGCGUGUGCCAUGACGUUGCUAUCGGUUGCGCUAGUUGCAUUCCUGGCUAUCUUCCAUUCUUCCCCCCCGCCUGUCGAGGCCGCCACUGAGGCCAAGGAGGUGACACAUGGAAGUGUGAUAAAGCUCAUGCACCUACGCACCAAGUACCGGUUGCACUCGCACGACGUCCCCUAUGCUACUGGCAGUGGACAACAAUCCGUGACUGCCUUCCCAGGCGUUGAGGACUCUAACAGUUACUGGAGGGUGCAGAUAGUAGACGAAGAUCACGAGCAUGAGCAAGGCGAUGUUAUUUCGAAUGGUGCCCUAGUGCGUCUCCAGCAUGCGCGGACGCGCAAAUGGCUCCACAGUCAUGAACAUCGAUCUCCCAUUACUGGAAACCUUGAGGUUAGUGCCUUCGGAGGAGAUGAGCAAUCUGACUCUGGUGACUAUUGGAAACUGGAAAUCGAGGGUAAGGGGAGCGUCUGGACACUAGGUCAGCAAGUUAGGUUUCUGCACGUUGCUACCAAUGGCUACCUUCACAGCCAUAACAAGAAGUUCAGCCAAUUAGAUCAACAAGAGGUGUGCGGAGUGACAAGGAAGAAUUCGGAUAAUCUCUGGACAGCUGCGGAAGGAAUUUAUUUUCUUACGAAAGGUGGUAGUAUAGAAUGAAUUCACUUAGGUCAUAGACUAUCCUGCCUUGCUAAAUUGCUUAUAAUUAUAGUGGAACACUGUCUGCGUUCAGAGGCUACUAGUGUUGGAUUCUUUGUUAACGAUUCUUGACGAUUCUUGGAAAAAAGCUGGAAAGAACUUGCCACUAUAAUUCUUACUAAUUUGCAUCCUGCUUAUGAAUGUCGUGAGCCGGGAGCAGUGCGUUGGGCACAAUGUUAGGCCCAGAAAUUCUUCAAUGCUAAACCGUAUGCCA